AGCCGGCCCGAGAGAGCGCCCCGCCCCCCCUCCCCCCCGCGCGCAUGCAGCGCGGUCGGCGCCCUGAGGCGGGCGGCGCCUUUGCCCCUCGCGCCAGCGCGCAAGGAUCGGGGCCCGGCCGGCGCCUCGCCGCUCGAAGGCCCGGCAGGCAGCGGCGCGUGCGGGGGCGCCGAGGAGACGCCCUGGAUGUCGAGCUGCGCAGGCGCAGCGGCGACGCCGCGCGCGUUCCGCUCGGGCGUGGGGCGUACCACGAUCCGUCCAGCGGCUCGCAGAAUCUGGGGACGAACCACAUCGGCACGAGGUCCUGCGUGCGGCAAUCCAAGUUUUUCCGCAUGUACGAGUCCGGGAACGCCACCAAGGCCCUGCUGGGCCAGCAGUCGCUGCAGUGGAGCCUGGAGGAGAAGGAGGGCGCCUACCGGGGCCCCGUCUUCGACGCCUGCGCGGGCCGCGAUGCGCCCGCCCGCCGCCGCGAGGCGCAGGGUCCAGGCGGCCAGGCCGUCGGCACCGGCCCCUGCCCUUGCGCGGCCGCGCCGCCGCCGCAGCAGGGCGCAGGCGCGGCGGGCAGCGCCAGCAGAGGGACCGCGGCCAGGUGGGCCACCAGCAACAGCUGCUACGGCGCCGGCGCCCCCGCGCGGUGAGCCCCGAGCCGUGCCGCGGGCGUCCGCGCGGCGGGCCGACGGCUCUCUUCGCGCCUCUCGACUUCCUCGCUCCUCCUCGGUCUGGGCCUCCCGGUCGCCGUCGUCCUCCCGCGCGCCUCCUCGUGUCUCCGCGCCCCCUCCCGGCGUCGCGUUGCGUUGCCCGGAGCGGCUGCGAGAGGAGGGGAGAGCUGCGCGUGGCGUUGGCGGGC